CGUGGAGCCUGUGACUCGGCUUUGCCCCCAUGCAGUAGUGCCAUGCAGACAUUCCUGUACAGCAGCCAGAACCAGAGCAGCAGGACUCCGCCUCUCCACUCACAAACCCGGAGCACGUAGCAACAACCGGAGCCAACGUGCUCCACCGAGAUCCGUCCUACCGACUGACUGCGGUGCCUGGCAACAGACGUGAUGACGUCCUCUCCAGAUUGCGUAUUAUUAUGGGAUGUGCGGAAUUAAACAACCCUGAAGAGGACAUGCAAGGGGGAAGCCAAUAAUAAUAAAAAGAGACAGAAAUAAACCGAGGUGCAUUGCAUGGUGGAUCAUGGAGCUGUCGGCUGUUGGUGAGAGCGUCUUCGCAGCUGAGUCCAUCAUUAAACGGAGAAUCCGACGGGGUCGCUGGGAAUAUCUGGUGAAAUGGAAGGGCUGGUCUCAGAAGUACAGCACCUGGGAGCCGGAGGAAAACAUCCUGGAUGCUCGUCUCUUCGCUGCCUUCGAGGAGAGGGAGCGCGAAAGGGAGCUGUUCGGGCCGAAGAAGAGGGGUCCCAAACCGGAGACAUUUCUCUUGAAGGCCAAAGCCAAAGAAAAAGAAAAACAGUAUGAGUUUAGAAGAGAGGCCCCUCCCAGAGGGAUCCAGGUUUCCUAUCCGAACCCAGAGCCGGUUAUAACGCCGAGGAACCGGGAGGGUUUACGCGCGGUGGUUCCCACAAUCUACCCACCGAGCACAGUCAACAGAGGAGAGAGUGUGCACUACCGGCCUCCAGAGCUGGAGAGGAGGCCCAGGCCGAGUCCUGCAGCACCAGCACCACCAGCUGAUCUCACAGUCAAAGACCGCAUCCCCAAGAAGAGAGGGCGCAAACCGAAGCUGCACUUGGAUUACCAUCAAGAGGACGAAGGCAGCUCUGCAGAGCAGCCGGACACCAAACGGAGCAGGUCUCUGGAGGAGGAGCACUCACACGGUUUGCCCAGACGCCUGCUGCAUCUUCAUCACGGAGAGACUUCAGAUCACAGCCUCAUGCAGCUGACCAGGAGGUUCCAGGAGGAGACCACGAUAACACCCAAACAGAGACACGCGGGACUGUCUUACAGCUGCGCGUUCAGGCCAGAUGUGCGUCCAGAUGUGCGUAAAAGAGGUGACCACAGGACUAAAUGUUUGAUUCCUCGGCCCAGCAGCUCUGCAGAACACAGGAGACAUCCAGUGAAGGAGUUCCUGCAACCUGCUGCUACACAGUCCGAGUCCAUCCAUGAUCAGUCCACUGGAGAGGCCUCAUCUUCCUCCUCCUCUUCCUCCUCCUCCUCUUCCUCCUGGACUCCCAGUUGCACCAGCCUGGACACUGUGACCGUGACAGAUGUCACCAUGAACUUCUUGACAGUCACCGUGAGAGAAAGCAGCACUGAGGAAGGCUUCUUCAGAGGGAAGAGAUGAGGAUGAGGAGGCCUCAGUGCUCCAGAAGGAUGUAGGUCAUCAUCAGUGGAGGAGGAGGAGGAGGAGGCUAUAAUAUAUGCGUAAAUAACAAGCUACUUACUAACAAGCCUACUGUAAUACUAUAUUUUUUGUCUAUGUAACUUUCAAAACGUGUACAUACAAAUAUUUAAUACGCUGCUGAGAAAAUUAAAAAAAAAAUGAAAGUGA